GCAAAAUGCCAAUUGGCAGAUGGGGAAGGCAACAGUUUUGCCGAAAUAGUCCAAUAAGAAAUUUAAAACGUUUCUAAUUGGACGCUCGUUUAGCAAUGCGCAGUAUCGAUAACUUGCGGAUGGUUGGCAACACUGCCCGCAGCCGGCCGUCAAAUUAUUUCUACGCCUGAUUUUGUUUCUACGCUUGUGUUACGGCAAUUUAGUCGGGCGAUAAGCACGGAGAGAUCUGGUGAAAUCAACAGACGGAACAAUCCAAUACCGCCCUUUAUUGCACCUCACUGCUUAAUUAGUUUGGGCUUUUAUCUCAAGUGCGCGAUUAGAUUUUGACGAUUUGUCGGAGAAACUUGGAUCGCAGGAACGCAGAAACCGGAGAAGAAACAUGAACUCCAUCCUGAUAACCGGCUGCAACCGGGGACUGGGUCUGGGACUGGUCAGGGCCCUGGUGAAUCUUCCCCAGCCGCCGCAGCAUCUGUUCACCACUUGCCGGAAUCGCGCACAGGCCACGGAACUGGAGGAUCUGGCCAAGCAGCACUCCAACAUCCAUAUCUUUGAGAUUGAUCUGAGGAACUUUGAGGCCUAUGACAAGCUAAUCGCCGACAUUGAGGGCGUGACCAAGGAUAAGGGACUCAAUGUGCUCUUCAAUAACGCUGGCAUAGCGCCCAAGUCGACCAGGAUAACGGCCACUAAGUCGCAGGAUCUGCUGGACGCACUCCACACCAACACGGUCGUGCCCAUUAUGCUGGCCAAGGCCUGCCUGCCGCUCCUGAAGAAGGCGGCCCAGGCGAACGAGGCCCAGCCGAUGGGCGUGGCCCGUGCCGCCAUCAUCAACAUGUCCUCGAUCCUGGGCUCGAUUCAGGGGAAUACGGAUGGCGGCAUGUACGCGUACCGCACCUCCAAGUCGGCCCUGAAUGCGGCCACCAAGUCGCUGAGCAUCGAUCUGUUCCCGCAGCGCAUCAUGUGCGUCAGUCUGCAUCCUGGCUGGGUGAAGACCGACAUGGGCGGCAGCAAUGCCCCCUUGGACGUGCCCACCAGCACUGGCCAGAUUGUGGAGACGAUCAGGAAGCUGGGCGAGAAGCAGAACGGCGGAUUCGUCAACUAUGAUGGCUCACCAUUGACUUGGUAGAGGAUGCCGAAACUUAUUUAUACGCAUUUUGUUUCUGCUUGUUAAUUGUUGUUAAAUAAACUGAACUCUCUAACGCCAAGAGUGCCUCAAUAA